AUGUCUUGGCAAGCUUACACUGAUAACUUAUUGGCUACUGGAAAAGUAGACAAGGCCGCUUUAUACUCUAGAGCAGGUGAUGCUGCAUGGGCUGCUUCUGGUGGUUUGAGUUUAACUGCCCAAGAAGCUACCGAAAUUGCUAAAGGUUUCGAUGAUCCAUCUGGUUUACAAACUACUGGUUUGCACAUUCAAGGUCAAAAAUUCAUGUUAUUAAGGGCUGAUGACAGAAGUAUCUACGGUAGACAUGAUGCUGAAGGUGUUGUUUGUGUCAGAACCAAACAAACUAUUAUUAUUGCUCAUUACCCACCAACUGUUCAAGCUGGUGAAGCUACCAAGAUCGUUGAACAAUUGGCUGACUACUUGAUCGGUGUUCAAUACUAG